CGCGCGGCCGGACGGCCAGGCACAGUCUGCAGGGCGCGCGGGCAGACCGGAGGCGGCGUGAGGGCUCCGGGUCGCGGGCGGCGUGGACACCUGAGUCCCCGGGCAGCGGGCUCCCGCGAGAAGUGAGCUGUUGCUGCAGAAUGGGCUGCUGGCUCCUGCCCUGCUUCCUGUGAUUGAGCUGGGCCCUGAGGACUCUGUGGGGAUGCCUGUAACCCACCAGAAAUCAGACGCAUCAGACAUGAACUCGGACAUGUCCCCCAGCUGCAGGCCCCGGGCCUUCAGCAGAGGCGGCAGCUUGGAGAGUCGAAGCAGCAGCUCUCGGUCCAGAAGCUUCACUUUGGACGAUGAGAGCCUGAAGUACCUCACCCACGAGGAAAAGGAUGUCCUUCUGUUUUUUGAGGAAACAAUCGACUCCCUGGACGAGCACUUUGAGGAGCCAGUGCUGUGUGAUGGGGGAGCAUGCUGCCUCUGCUCCCCGUCUCUGGAAGAGAGCACCUCCAGUCCCUCCGAGCCCGAAGAUGUCAUCGACUUAGUGCUGUCGGCACCUGGCACCAGGGAAGCCGAGGGCCUUCCAGAGGGGGCCCAGGCAGCAGAGCCUGCACCUUCCGGGAAGGAGCACAGGAAACAAGAUGCCAAGACUCCUGCACCUCCGGAUCCCCCCGCUACAGAGACCCUCCCUCCGGCUCCCGAGACCGUUCCUGCGCCGCCGCCUGUGCCCGGCACCCCCGAACCCCCCAGGAGGGAGCUGCGUGCCCCCUCCCCGCCGGCGGAGCACCCCCGACUCCUGCGCUCCGUUCCCACGCCCCUGGUUAUCGCGCAGAAGAUUUCUGAGAGGCUGGCGGAGAGUGAAGUCCUCUCACCCACCUCCCCGUCCAGGGAGGGCCGGCCGGGGGAGUGGAGGACGCCAGCCGCCUGGGGGCACCGCAGCGGAGACCCUGACCCGAGGUCCAGCCGCCCGGCACAGCCCAAGGCCCCCCGCUUCCCCAGCAACAUCAUCGUCACCAAUGGUGCGUCCCGGGAGCCCCACAGGACCCUGUCCAAGGCGGCUGUCAGCGUGCAGGAGCGCAGGGCGCAGGUGCUGGCCACCAUCCACGGCCACGCCAGCGCCUUCCCUGCCGCGGGGGACACGGGUGAGGGGACCCCAGGGCGCGGCUCCUUCCCAGAGCCGGCAGCGUGUGGCCAGGACGGGACGGGUCCCGCUGAGAGCCUCCGUGCAGGGAGGCGGGCUCCGCAGGGCCCGGUGCUGGCCAACGGCUUCCCGAGCGCGCAUGAGGCCCUGAAGAGUGCGCCCGGUACCUUCGCGCCCACCGGGAAGUCCCUCUGCUUCCGCCCCGGCCUGGCCCUUCCCAGCACGCGGGGCCACCAGAGCAUCCCCCGGCCCCGGGCACCCGAUGGCGGCCCGGACGCGCGGCGCCGCGCUGACUCCCUGCCCCGGCCCCAAGGCGUCACCGUGCAGUUCGUGGGCCGCGGCUCCUCGGAGGAGGCGCGCAGGGAGGCCCUGCGGAAGCUGGGGCUGCUCAGGGAGUCCUCGUGAGGGCUGCGCGGGCCCGGAUCCACCCUGUGUCUCCCCACCCCAAAGAGAGGGUGAAAGAGGAGCUGCAUCGCAUCCAGGAGCUGUUGGGCCUAAAACGGACGUGAGAGCCAGAGCCCCUGCCCUCUGCGGUGCAUCCGAGUAGAGAGGGGCCAGGCUGGGGCCUCCUGGCCGAGCGCGCACUGCCGACUCCAGCCACUGGGACAGAGGACUCUUCCCUAAAGGAAUCCGGCCGGGGUCUUGUGUCCCUUUUUCCAAGAACUGAGAGAAGAACCUGUUAAACCCAUGGGUUUCCGUGACGUGUAAAUGCCAGCUUUUGGGGGGUCGGGGAGGAGCAGGACUGGUGUGAUUGUCCUUGAGUCUCAUCUGCCUUUUUCUCCAAGUACAUGACAUGAAAGCCAGUUUAGAUCCCUUCCUCUCAGGAUUCCGCCCGCCUUUUCUAAGAAAAUAAAAAAGAAAUGCUUUUUCCAUU